UCUGUCUGUCGUGUUUUGUGUUGUGAAUUUAUUAGAUUUCAACAUAAUUUUCAUGUCGUGCAAAACAGUUAUUUGUAUUUGUAUUGUACAUUCAAUCAUUGAGAGAUAACUGCUUCUUCGCGAGUUGAAUCAUUUCCAAUUUUAAGGAAAAAUGCCCAAGAAAGAUAAAAUUUCAAAGUCUGGGUUUGUUAUAAAGUUGUCUUCAGAAACUGUGCAAAAACUGUCUGUUGAAGAACAAAACCAAGAAAAUGUACAAACAGAAAGAACUCCCAGUGACAAUGAAAUCAUAAAAGAGAGCCAAUUUGAAGAAAAUCCGUUAAAUAAGCUGCAAGAGUAUAAGGAGGUUAGUAACUCCAAGUCAGAAAGUGUCCCAACUGUUUCUUCAGAUGGGAAGCACGAUAAUGCUAAUGAUUCCGGUACUAAACUUGAUGACGUCAAAUCAAAUACUUCUUGGGGUGAUUAUGCUCCCUACAUAACUUAUGAAGGUGAAGAAGCCAUAUACACAGAUCCUACUUCUCAACAGAAGUACACUUGGAGCACCACAAGUAAUUCUUGGGUUCCGAAAAAUGGUGAAGAUGGAGCUCCAGGUAGAGUGUAUACUUUUGAAAAUGAUACACAUGUUUACACCGAGCCUGAUGGUUCUAAAUGUUUCUGGGAUGCUGAUAAAAAAGCAUGGUUGCCCAAAAUUGAUGAUGACUUUUUAGCUGUCUAUCAAAUGUCUUAUGGUUUUAUUGAUAAUACAUCAGAUAGCCAAAAAGAAAAGAAUUUGAUUGACAAAAAAGACACCCAGAAGAAACCAGAUCCUGCUGGGGUUAAAAGAAAAAAUGAGCCACAAUGGUUUGAGCCUUCGGAAGAAAGAAAUACUAAAGUGUAUGUUUCUAAUUUACCUUCUAAUUUAACUGAGGAAGAGUUCGUUAAUUUAAUGCAAAAAUGUGGUCUUGUAGAAAGAGAUCCUCAUUCACAGAAAAUGAAAGUCAAGCUUUAUAUGGAUAAAGAACAUAAUUGCUUUAAAGGUGAUGCUUUAUGUACUUAUAUAAAGAUUGAAUCAGUUGACUUGGCUUUGAAGUUAUUAGAUGGCAGUGAUUUCAAAGGAAAUAAAAUAAAAGUAGAAAGAGCAUGUUUCCAAUUGAAAGGAGAAUACAAUCCAGCGCUAAAGCCAAAAAAGAAAAAGAAGAAAGAACUAGAAAAGAUAAAAAAAAUGCAACAGAAACUAUUUGAUUGGAGACCUGAAAAGUUUAUUGGUGAACGCUCUAAACAUGAACGUGUAGUUAUUGUCAAAAACUUAUUUCAUCCUACAGAUUUUGAUAAGGAAGUGCAACUAAUUUUAGAUUAUCAGCAGGAUUUAAGGGAGGAAUGCACGAAAAGCGGAGAGGUAAGAAAAGUUGUUAUAUAUGAUAGACAUCCUGAGGGAGUAGCACAGAUCACGAUGAAAGAGCCAGAACAAGCAGAUGCUGUUGUCCAGUUAAUAAAUGGUAGAUGGUUUGGGAAACGACAGAUUACUGCAGAGAUUUGGGAUGGCAGAACUAAAUAUAGGAUUGCUGAGACUGAUGCAGACAUCAACCAGCGUAUAGAAAAGUGGGAUAAAUUUUUAGAGCAAGCCGAAGAUAAAAAAACAGAGAAAACAAAUUCUGUUGAAAUGAAAGAUAAUAAAACUAAAGCAAAAAUUGAAUCAACGGUCUGCAGUGAAAAGAAAGACAAUGUUGCUGAAUAGGGUUACUAUUCAAAAAUGACUUAUUUAUAUAGUUUGGUGUAAUUUUUUUUUUAUUGCUGAAUUUCAUUAUUCAUUUCGAAAUUCCUCAAAAAUAAUUCUAUUCCAUUAAUAUUUUUAAACACAUUUACUUGUUUUCAUAAUAAAAAUAGUGUUACAACUAACACUUACAUAAUACCAAUAGAACAGUGCACUAGACGCCUAUAUUUAUAGGUUAAAGGUGCUUGUGUAAGAAAAACUCGUUCAUAAACCAACAACUUAUUUAUUAAACUGCAAAUUAGCAGUUCUUUUAAUAUUAAAUUAAAGACGUUACAUCCAAAUAUUUCGAUGGCUAUCAACAGAAUCCUCCCUGUCCACUCUCACUGCCCUGCCAUGAUUCAGUCAGCCAUACUUUUGCAUAAUUUGAAACUUCCGGUUUUAAUUAAUUUUAAUACAACAAAUUAUUAUAUUCAAUAAUAAAUUGAACCUAAUAGUUGUAUUGUUCAAAGCUUGUUUACCUAUUGUUCUUUACACUUUCAGUGAGGAGAAAAUAAAUGGUUAUUAAUAUUUAUGUGCUUUAUUAGUUUCUUGUAUCUGAAAUAACCUGGCCCUUCAAGGUUUGUGCAGUGGCAUAAAUCUAGCAUGUAGAGAUCAUUUUCAGCAACAUUGCCCUGUAUGUAAUGUAAGAAGAAGAAUAAAGUCUUGCCUCC